AUGCAGAAAAGGUUGAUGAAGAACAAGCCAGCAAUGGAAGGGAUUAGAGAUGGCAGAAUGCGUGAUGUCGAUUUUGGAGGAUUUACGUAUAAAGAGUUUCUUUUGUGGCUUAGGAAUUUAACCAAAGGAAGUUUUGAUAAUGUGUACUACUGUAGUAGAAAGGAAACCUUGGUUGGGGGUAUUAUAAGAAUCAACAGUGAUGCUGAUUAUUGGGAGUUUGUUGAAGAUACUUAUACUCCUGAAGCUGAGUUGGAUGUCUACAUUGACCACCAAAAAGAACCAAUCCUUGACUGGGCUGACAAUGAGGUGUUAUCAGAUGGUAACGGGUAUGACUUGGAUGACAACGAAGAAGAUGAUGACAAGGAAGAAGAAGGUGACAAUGAUGAAGAUGAUAACUUGGAUGAUAGUAUGACAUAUGAACAUGAAGUUGAUGAAGAAGUCCAUACCUUUAACAAAACUGUUGGUGACGAUUUUUUAAACAAACUUUCAGGUAUUGGUAAGCUUAAUGAUGAUGAUGAACCUAAUGAUGGAAAAAGAUGA